CUGUGGCCUCUUUGCGAGCAAUGCGCCGCCAGGGUCAAACCAUGCGAGAUGGACAGACGCACAAUGGGAGGCCUAGGAAGCAUCAAGCUCAUGGGGCCGGUUUUGCACGGUUGUCGAUACAAUGGCUAUAAAGACGUCGUGGUGUUGGUUACUUCUUCUGGUCCAUCCAGCCCCAGUACGACGGCUUUUGAACGAGGAGACCGAAUAGCCCACAGUCACCAUGAAGACAGCCACGAUCAUCGCCGCGUUUUCCACUGUUGUUGCGGUUGUACAAGGCAUGGCCGUUCGGCGCGAGGACGAGCUUCCGUCCGAGAGGGUGGCCGCCUUUCACCGCGACAAACACGGCGGCAACAGCCAUGACAACGCCCACGUCAAGACCAACAACAAUCACACAAGCUCGGCCUGGCGGCCGGGGCAGCGGAUCCGCAACGAGACGGCAAGCCCACACUGGCGGGCGCGACACGAGGCCGCCGCUGAUGACAGUGACAUGUCCACCAAUACCUGGCGGUCGGGACAACGGUCCCAGGGGGACACAGGAGCCGUGCGACUCGAGGAACACUUCCGGUACAGUCGCAAGUAUCCUACUAAUACUGAGGUGUUCCCAGCUGGGGUUCAAAACACGGACGUCAAGUGUGGCAUCGGAAGGCCCGCGACGGAGGGGGAUUGGAACGAAGUACUCAACGCGGCCAAGGACCACUUUAACGAGAAACAUAAAACAGAACCGAGCGUCCCGAGCAUCCAGCCUGGGCCGAGAUUCUGCAGGAUGAUAUAUUGUGAGAAGAGCACGGGGUUCUUCUGGUGCAACGAUAAUUCCAAAAUCAAACAGCUCAAGACGUGGGCGGACUUUUCAAUUGCGGUUGGCGUCGUUCAGUAUGACAAUCGGUGCAAGAAACAGAGGGCAGCGCAGAUUUUCCACCCCGACCACUGGAAUGUCAUGAUACACGGGGUAGACGAAUGUCCAUGA